CUUUUUAUCACGUUGUCGCUGGUUCCCUCAGAAGGACUCUCACGUAUAAGAAGUCCCGACGUCGACGCGGUUGAACUUUUAAAAAAUCUCAUUCAUCAGUGUCACCACUCCCAAGCCGAGUCUUUAGAAUCUAAAUUUCAUCAUAUUUCAAGAAUCAUCAUGAAAUUCGCAUCAGUUUUUGGUGUCUCCGCCGCCCUUAUAGGGUCUGCGCUUGGAACAACUAAAAUCCCUGGAUCUUGGUUCCAUGAUGAUGAUGGUUUCGGCAAGGGCCACAAGGCUGCCAUGGCUGCUGUGCCUAUGUUCCAUUUUGGUCGUCCUCAUGGCGCAAAUCCAUGCUACCCUGAGUCGGCACAGAUCAAUGGCAAGCAAGUCGACGGCAAUGAUCCAGACUCAGGAAACUGGUCGAAUCUUGGUAGGGGUUGCGCCGACCCUGGCCCGUGGAUUAAUCCUAAGAAUGGUGGUCCAGGGCAAGGAAACCCCUUCCCAGUGUAUUACACUAUCAACCAGUGCAAGGAUCACGAGUUCCGUGUGACCUACAGCAUUUAUUUCAAGCAUGAUUCCGGGCACAAGAGCGACUGGGAGGUAGUCUCGGUUGUGUGGCAAGGAGAUAGCAACAACAUGUGGACUAGAAGCCAGCUCAUGUUGGGCCAGCACGGCGGCUACGUAACAAGGAACUGGGGUGAUAUUCAGAAUACCUUCAACGACUCGGGCGAUAAAAGCACCAAUGGGGCCAAGAACCGUGAUCACGCUAAAGUCUACGUCGGUGCUUUCUACCACGCCAUCUUCGACACUCGCAAAACAUCUAUCGAUACCGCUGAUCCUGCUGAUAAACAAGCCGAGUUCCGUUCUAACGACUGGUUCAUCUGGCCCUGGGACAGCCUUGUUCAGCCCGGCUCACUCAUUCACUCGGACUGGGUUUGGGGAAAGGCAGAUACUAACCCCCCUACUCUCAGCGACUCGAGCAAGGGCCAGUACAUCUGCAAGCACUAAUCAGAUACAGUUGUUGAACAUUUUUCGUUCGCUCAUCUACACGAGUCCUUUGACGUGGCGAGGAUAGAAUUUUGAAGUUGUAGAGCAUUUGGUUUAUUAGAAAUUUCUGGCAGC